UUUUGCAACAGCUGGACCGGACGAGCACACUCAGUUGUCAAUAAACAACAUUAGUAGACGUUGACUCCAUGGAAAAAGAGAAAAGAAAUGGAUCCAGGAGAGGAAGGAUUUCGUAUGCAAAAGUCAGAGAGUGGUGAGUUUUCCGGAUCAUUCAUCCCUGUGGCUGAGACUGCCCCUACUGAUGGACUUCCAUUGAAAUGUGAAGAGGAUAUUGCACCACAGCCUGGUGAUAGUAAAAAUAAUGAUAUGGGAGAAUUUAAUGACAAUGAACUGAAGGAUGGAGAAAUAAUGGCUGGUACUGGUGGUGUAGUUUCAGUUCCUGAUUCAGAAAGCGAUGGAGAGGCUUUGAAGAUAAAGGUGGAUGCAAAGGAGAGAAGUGAUAAAACAGUUGUGGAAAAUGAUGACAAAGAAACACUGAUUAAUAAUGAAGAGGAAGGUCUUACCAGAGAAAAGGAAGAAAACAAAAGUGAUGAUUGUGUUGAUUCAUCCCCGGCCGAUAGUGGAAAUGACACCAUCCUCAGUUCACCUGUGCCUGUAUCAUUGGCUCCUCAGGUGGUUGUGAGCCUGGAAAAUAGUGUAACAAAAUCCUUGUCUGAACCUAUGCUGGCUGUCGAUGAGGAAGCAACAUCUGCUCCAUCAUCUUUUUUACCUUUGUCAAGUGGAGACCUGGGUACUCCCAUUUCCACAUCGACCCCUGUCAUUUCACGGAACACUGCUACUUCGUUAACUGUAGAAUCUGACAGUAGACCUCUUUCGAAGGAGGGGUCUGAAUCCUACAGCUCCAAUCCAGAUAUGGAUCCAAGUCCUGGAGAGGAUCAGGAUUCUGGGACUGAUCAUUCCUGUGGAUGCAGCUACCAGCAUGACCAGGGCAGUCACAUCGAUCUUGUUUCAGAUGAUGCUGUCCUGAGGUCACAAGCCAUUCCAUCUUUAAUGGUUCCUGGAUCGGUUCGCGUGCCCAUCAUUGGUCAUGAGACUAUGGAAGCUCGCUCCAAAUUUACAGUGUACAAGAUUCAUGUAAUGGUGGAAGAAGAUGAUGUUGGUUGGUUCAUAUUUCGUCGAUACUCGGAUUUUGUGCAUUUAAAUGAUCAGCUGAAGCCUCUGUUCCCCAAUGUGAGGCUUACCCUGCCUCCCAAGCGUUGGUUUCGCAGCAACUUUGAUGUAGAUUUCCUGGAGGAGAGGCGAGAAGGGCUUCAGGGAUUCCUGGAUAAUGUGACAGGACACAGAGACUUGUGCAACAGCUCACCUGUGCGGGAUUUUUUCUGCUUUGAUGACCCCCCGGGUCCACAUGACAGUCUGGAAGAGAGCCGAGCCCAAUGUGAGUGUAUGGAGGAGAUGGUUUACCUUUUGCGCAGAGAGCUGGCAGAUAAGGACACAGAGCUGGAUCUUGCUCGAGAGGAACUUGAGCUCUAUAAGUCUCAGGUGCAGCUUUUGACCAGUCGUCUUAGUGAGCUGAAUCAGUACCUGAGCCAUGACAAGAUAAGUGGUGGCAAGUGCGACAUUGACUCACUAUUUGGGGCAGGAGGUGUCUUGCUUAAAGAGAACAAAUGAGGUGUCUUUCCUGUGUGAAAAAAACGAGCAAGGAAAACAGAGAUUUCAAGAUUUAGUGGUGUGGCUAUUGAUUUUCAUCAGAUAGAAGUGUUGCUUUUUUGUUCUCAGUUUAAUCUCGGCAUUCAUUCGUUUAAGCUGGAAAGGAGGGAUUUUUUUCCCACUACAGUUUUUCUAUUGCAUUUCUAUUUUGUAACUUUAUUUUUUUUCCUUUUUGUUGGAAUAUUAAUUCUAGUAAUUUAAUCAUUUGGAUAUUGCAUUUUGCGGCACAGUCUUUCAACGCAUUUCAGAAGUGUUGUUUUCACAUGCAUUUAUAAGUUUAAAUAAUUGUGUUGUUAUCUCUAUUUCUUUAUCCCCUCCCACCCCACUAGGAAUCUUCAAUGUUCGUUUCUGUCUUUUUUUUGCAAUAGCCAAGAAAAAAAUAGUGAAAUCAUUGUUAUUGUUGAUGCUUUCCUGAAUAUUUGUGCCUUUGAUAUAGUGCAGCGGGCUAUCAGAUCCCCUAUUUCCCACCAUUUAUGUGUUUUGGGUAUUUUUACAAUUUGGACAAUUGAUAGAAAUAAAAGUUAAUGUAGCUUUUAAUUCCGGCUGUAUUACCAGCAAGUAUUCAUUCACAAACUUUUUAGUUGUCAAGCAAAUCACUUGAGAUAAUAAAAGCAAUAAUUGGGUCAGAUCUUGUCAACAUCUGGUAUUUGAGGACAUUCUUUCAAUUUUGUGAUAACCUUUUUCUUAUGCCCUGUUGUGACAUUACCUUUCUUUUAGCAAAAUUUAUGUUUUGUGGAUCUCAACUACUGGGUUAUGUCAGAGUAAUAAUAUUGCAUUUACUUUUCUUUUCAAAUUAGAUUUGCAAGAAAAUUAUUUAUUUUGAAAGGUACACUGCCAAUACCUGGACUGUUUAUUUGCAGCAUAAGCGAACAAAGGGUGUCUGCUGGUUUUCCCACCACUUUGUUGCUGUUAUUUUCCUGUUAUUCUUUUUCUCAGACUAGUUAUUUUUAUAUGUUUGGCCUUGUUGGUAGGAAGACAAAGCUUAUAUUUUAUAAACUUAUAUCAGCCAUCUUCACUUUUUUCUAAAUUCUGAAUUAUCUGGUUUAUUCCUAUAAUGCAAUUGUCGUAGCUAAAGUAAAGAAAAUCUUGUGAAAAAUAAAUGAGGGGGGAUGGGGGGGGGUUCUCGAAUCCCAUCCUGCCAAAAUGUUUGUGUUUUCAUUGCCUUGUACCUGUCUUUUCAGUUCAAUUGAUAUGUUAUUGUUAGCCAGAAAGGGUUUUCACACAUGUACUACGGACACAGCAGAAUCUAUAGAAAGAAUAAACUGGCACUUUUACAUGGGUAUAGAGUAA